AUGAGUUACGUUGCAAAAGAUGUAACAAAGGUAAAUGGGCAUUUUGAGAAUCAGCAGGAGCAUCAUGAACAGCAGCAACAGCAUCAUCAUCACCAACAUCAUCAUCAUCAUCAUCAUCAACAACAGCAGGAGCAACAACCUGGCGACGGUAGCUGUGAUUUCGAAUUUCGGCCAUCUUCUAAAGAAAGUGAAAAGCAACGGAAUUCAAUGCGCAGUAAGUCGCCAAGUGCGAUCCUAGGCCGGAUAUCCAGUUUCGCGCGUGGAAAAUACCGUAGCAGUCUUAAUGAACGCUUUUCAAAAAACUAUGAUACAAAACCGAAAAGGGACCUUCACAGAGAAUUUCAAAAAUGCCGUGACAGCGCUGCAACAAGAUUGGAUCUUAGCUCCUCUGACAUUAUUGCCAUACCAGCUUCUAUAAAAGAAUUGACUCAACUUACGGAACUUUUUUUGUACAAGAACAAAUUGACAACAUUGCCACCCGAAGUCGGCCAUCUAGUCAAUUUAAGGAAGCUUGGGCUGAGCGAAAAUGCACUUACUUCACUUCCAGACAGUUUAUCUUCACUGACUCAGUUAGAAACCCUGGAUUUGCGGCAUAAUAAACUUUCCGAGAUACCCUCUGUGAUUUAUGAGAUAUCAUCUCUUGAAACGCUAUGGCUACGGUACAAUCGGAUAGUAAGUAUCGAACAAAAAAUUGGUCAGUUAAAAAAGUUAAAGAUGAUUGACCUCCGUGAAAAUAAAAUUCAUGAGUUGCCGCCUUCCAUCGGAAGCAUAAAGACACUGAUUGUAUUUUUGGUCAGCUACAAUCACUUGAGGAGUAUCCCUGAAGAAAUCGGUGAUUGUACGGAACUCACACAGUUAGAUUUACAGCAUAAUGAUCUCGUUGCUUUACCACCCUCUAUAGGGAAUUUAACUAAUUUAAUUCGUCUUGGUAUUCGUUACAACAAAUUGAAUGAUUUACCGUCAACUCUAGCAAACUGCCGUAAUUUAGAAGAGUUUGUUGUUGAAAGCAACCAGCUAGAAUCAUUGCCGGACAGUCUUCUGGCUGAUUUUCCUUCUGUAAAAACCAUUAACUUGAGUCGUAAUCUUUUAACAAGCUUUCCAGCGGGUGGUCCUCAACAGUUUACUGCUGCUGUGUCACUUAGCAUGGAACAUAACAGGAUCACUAAAAUACCUUUCGGGAUAUUUUCUAAAGCAGUGGGUUUAACGAAGCUCAACCUUAAAGAAAACGAACUAACCUCUUUGCCCCUUGAUAUGGGUAGUUGGACAGCCAUGUCAGAACUGAAUUUAUCGACGAAUCAAUUACGUUUGAUUCCUGAUGACAUCGAUAAACUAAUUAACUUAGAGGUCCUAGUUUUGAGUAACAAUCAGAUCAGGAAAUUGCCGUCUCAGAUUGGUAAUUUGAAGAAAUUACGAGAGCUGGAUUUAGAAGAAAAUGAACUUGAUCAACUUCCCAAUGAAAUAGGUUCGCUAACGACGCUUGUUAAGCUGUGGGUGCAGUCAAAUCGAUUAGUGAGUCUUCCAAGAACAAUAGGAAAUCUUGUUCACCUCUCUGACCUCAGAGCUGGAGAGAACAGUUUAACUUCAUUACCUGAAGAAAUCGGUGCUUUGGAUGCUCUAAAAAGUUUGUAUAUUAAUGAUAAUACCUCGUUGCAUAAUUUACCCUUUGAGCUAGCUUUAUGUGCAUCGUUAGAAAUUAUGUCUAUUGAAAACUGUCCACUUUCUCAAAUUCCUCCUGAAAUUACAGCUGGAGGCCCUUCCUUAGUCAUUCAAUAUUUGAAAAUGCAUGGGCCGUACAGGGGAUUAGUUGUGGAUAUGCUUUCUCAAGAUACUUUUGGUUCUAGCCGGCAGUAG